CCCCACCCCCCUCCCCGGCAAGGGGCGAUGGGGCGGGCCACCCGCGGGCAGUGAGAGCGGGCCUCGCGUGCCCAGGCCCGGGCCCGGGCCCAGGCCGCCGCCGGCGCCCGCGAAGAUGGUGAUGUCCCAAGGCACGUACACCUUCCUGACCUGCUUCGCCGGGUUCUGGCUGAUCUGGGGUCUGAUCGUGCUGCUGUGCUGCUUCUGCAGCUUCCUCCGACGCCGGCUGAAGCGGCGGCAGGACGGGCGGCUGCGGGACCAGCCCCUGCGCGCCCUGGAGCUGGAGCCCCUCGACCUCGACGGCAGCCCGGCCCGCAGCCCCCCGGGCCCGGCCCCGGCCCCGGCCCCGGCCCCGCCCCCGGCCCCGGCCCCGCACCGCAUCCGCCUGGAGCCCCCGCACCCCCCGCACCGCCCCCACCCCGCCCACCCGGCCCACCACCCCCCGCACGGGCCGGUCCCGCCGCGGCCCUGGAGCUACCCGCGCCAAGACUCGGACCUGUCCAAGCCCCCGUGCUACGAGGAGGCCGUGCUGAUGGCCGAGCCGCCCCCUCCCUACAGCGAGGUGCUGACCGACACGCGGGGCCUCUACCGCAAGAUCGCCACGCCCUUCCUCAGCCGCGACGGCUCCGAGAAGCAGGACCAGCCGCCCAGCUCCAAGCCCCUCUUCCUCGACCGGGCCUACUCGUCCGCCCUGCACCUGCCCAGCGGCCCCAGGCCCGGCCCGCCCUGCCCGGCGGCCCUCUACCUGCCGCCCGACCGGCCCCGACGCCUCUUCCCCAGCUGGACGGACUCAGAGCUCAGCGGCCGCGACCCCCUGGACCCCGGCGCCUGGCGCCUGCCCGUCUCCGUCCCCUUGCUGGGGAGGACUACAGCCGUAUAGAGGGGCGGACGCCCCCUCCCACCCCCCGAC